AUGGCUGUGAUUCCACAUGCUCAAACACGCUAUUUACGUGCAGUAAAUGCUACCGUGGUUGUCAUUCCAAAGGCAAUCAGGAAGUUUUUUCUUACUAAACACCAAAUAACAACUUUGACGAAAGAUUUGUCGGAUAAAGAAGAAGAAAUCAAGAAAUAUCCUGGAGUGACAAAAGGAAAUUUACAUUUACUCCUUCCAGGAAAGGGAAAACUGGUCAACCCUGAAGAAUUUGACAUAACAUUAUUAACAACUCUCCUCCGUAACUUCACAAAAAUUUCUCCUCCUUCAACAGGAUGGAAUAAUGCUCCUUUUGCGACAGACACUAGUGAAGGGGCAGACUUAGUCAGGAUACGUUUAAUACGGAAUCAACUCAUGCAUAAGAAUGAUGGUGAAUUAGAUGAGCAAGAAUUCAAAUCCAUUUGGAGUGAAAUAAAGAAUGCUGUCAGUCGACUAGGAAAGGGAGCAUUUGACUUAGAAAUUACAAGUUUGCUGAUUUCAUCUAUAGAUGGAUCUCAGAAAGAUAUUUUAACCCAUUUCAAGAAACAAGUUUGUCAAAUAGAAAAAAUAGAGACCGAGGUGGAUAACAUCAAAUUCUGUCAGAAUGCGAUCAAAAAGAGAAUUGGAGCACUCGAAGAAGACAUUAGAAAUAACGAUAUGCUUAUUCAGCUUCAAAGCAGACCAAACAACUACUUUUCAGAUUCAAUAUCAGACACUUUUCUUUGGGACAUUGAUGAACAAAUUAAGUGCUGGAAGUCUGAAAAUGAGACAUUUCAUGUUACUAAAUUUGCAGAAAAUCUUUAUAAUGCUAUUUCAUUGAACAACAUUGUUACUGUUGUCGGUAAUUCUGGUUCGGGGAAAACGGCAACAACUCGUUAUGUAGCACUUAAAUUAAAAGAGGAGGGAUACAAAAUUAUACCAGUUAACAGACCCGAGGACAUUCAGCGUUAUCACAAUAAAAACAAAAAACAGAUCUUCGUUGUUGAUGAUGUUGUUGGUGACAAAACCUUAGAUGAACAUCUUUCUAACAGCUGGGAAAGAAAGAGUUUUAUUGAAUGGGCAAAACGAAACCAUGUGAUGUCAAUAGAGGGAAAUGCGGAAAACAUAAAGAGGAAUCUUACUGAAGAUAUAAGGAAAGACCAAAUCAAGAUCGACAAAGAUUCAAAAAGUUGUAAAAUUUUAGUUACUUGCAGAUCAAUUAUAAGCAACAGCAGGCGUUUUAAAAGGAUAAAAAUUCUAUGCUUAAACAUUCUCAACAUAGACUUUGCCACAAAUAAAAUUUCAUAUUUAGAAAGAAAGGAAAUUUUACAGAAAUACACCAACUUACAUUUAAAUAUUACGGAAGUUGAUUUCAUGCGUCACGACAAUUUUCCAUUGUUAUGCAAAAUUUUUUCAAAAAACGAUUCUUUACACUCAGCUCCUGAAGCGUUUUUUCUCAAUCCUUUCUCAGAAUACAUUAAAGAACUGGAGAAUUUAUUUGUACACAACAACUUUAAAUACUGUACACUUGUAUGCCUUUUACUCUUUGGAAAUAAGUUUGUAACAGAGGAAAAUGAAAAUAUUUCUGGAAUUCAGGAUGUGUUUAAAAGUUUUGGGAUUUUAUUUCAAUGUUCCAGGGUUAUAAUACGAAAUGCUUUGGAGGAACUCACAGAUGUAUAUGUUAGACGAAUUUCAGAAUCAUAUGAAUUCCUUCAUGCCACACACACAGAUAUAAUAGCAUACCAUCUUUGCAUCACGCAAAAAAAUUUCUGGCUGAUGGCAAAGUACGGUCCAGUUUCUAUCAUCCGUGAUCGUGUAAGACCUUACAAAACUUUAAAUUCAGACGACCAUAGAGAUGAAUAUUUUAUCAUAAUUGAAGGUUCUGAUGUGGAUCUAUUAAUCAGAAGGAUUUACAAAGAAAUUACAGAGCCUAUGAAUUGGGAAGAUAUAUUUCAUCUACCUUAUUUUCCUAACGAUUGUUUGGAGGAAAAACUCGGUAAAACCAUCAUUAAAGAAAGUCCAAUGCUAUUUUUGUCUGCCAAAACAGAUUGCAUUUUUUCUUCUGUUUACUGGGGAAAUCUUUCAGAGUUGAGACAUAUAUUUUUAUUGAAAUGUCCUCUAUUGCUUUGGACCUUGGGCUUUGGAUGGGCAAAAUUAUUUGAUCUUGGUCUGAAAUAUCAAUAUUCAGAAUAUGCAGCACUUAAAGGGCUCCUAUUAAACAGAGAUGUUUGUUAUGUCUUGUCUCUAAUGAGUAGCAACACGAAGUUAGUGAAAAAAAUUGAUAGUCUAUGUAAAGUGCAAAGUUCAUGUCUGCUAUGUGAAAAUUAUUCUGCUAAGCCUACAUUCGAACACUCAGAAAAUUGUCCAGUCAACUUUAUCUCUGAUAUAUACGUCCCUUGUGUGUCUGGAAGUGAAGAUGUUAUGAAUUAUUUUCUGUCAAAAAGUCCUCAUAUCUGUGUAAAUGUAACACAUCCAUUGCCAAAUUUUGAGCUGAUUACACGUUCUUGUUAUGUAACUCCACUUCAGGUCUCUUGUAUGUUUGGAUUUUAUGAUAUUACAAACCUACUUUUAAAAGCGAAUGCAGACGUGGAAGCAAGUGUUUCUAAUACGGAUUCUCCAUUAUUAUUUGCUAGUAGAAGAGGUUUCUCAGAAGUUGUAGCAUUGCUGAUAUCAAAAGGGGCAAGUAUUAAUAAAUAUAAAGGAAAAAAACCAGGACCCUUGAUGGCAGCCAUUUAUUCUGGAUCCAAAGAAGUAGUGCAUGUGUUGCUUUCAAGUGGUAUUUCAGUGAACGAUGCCGAUAUUCGUGGAGACACUCCAUUACAUGCGGCCUCUAAAGCAAAUCAGGAAUCAAUUGCGAAAAUAUUGAUCGAAUCCAAAGCAGAUAUGGAUAUUUCAAAUAAUUCCGGCAAUACUCCACUAUUGAUAGCAUGCUGUGAAGGAAAUGAAGAAAUCAUAUCUUUGUUACUCCGUAGUGGUGCUUCUCAUACAGCCCAUUUGAAUUGUAUGCCGCUUUUGUAUUUCGCUAUUCAUUAUGGAUUUAAAGAUAUUGUAUUAAAACUUCUUUCCAGGGGUGCUCUAUCUACAUAUUGUAGUACACCGUAUUUGCACAAGGCUGUUUAUAAACAAGAUAUUGAAAUCAUUGAAAUACUCCUUGAAAAAAAAUCUGUUGUAAAUAUUGUUGAUUCCUAUGAAAACACACCUUUGCAUGAAUCCUGCAGAGUGAGUUCUGAUGAAAAGAUAGUUAAAUGUUUGCUGUCUUAUGGUGCAGACACAAAUUUAAAAAAUAGAGAAGGUGAGACAGCUCUUAUAAUUAGUGGGAAAUAUGGAUGUAGUAAAUCGAUUCCCUUGCUUCUUGAAAAGGGAGCAAAGUUAAAUCAGGAAGAUAAAAGUGGGAGAACAGCUCUAUGGUGGUCUUGUGUUAAUGGUAAUUUAGAAUCUACAAGAAUUCUCCUUAAGAGAAAUGCCGACGUCAACAAACAGGAUGUAGCAGGUUGUUCUCCUUUGUUUUGGGCUUGCAGCAACGGGUAUAUUAAUACUGUGAAGGAACUUUUGUCAUUUGGAGCAAAGAUUAUUGCGACAAAGGAAUCUAUUACCCCGUUUUGGGCCGCCUGUAGUUCAGGUAAAAUAGAAGUUGUUUCCUUGCUUUUUAAAAAAGGAAUCGAUCCAACACUUUGCAAUAACAGAAAUGAAUCGCCUCUCUGGAUAGCCUGCAAAAAUGGACAUAGUAUGGUAGUGUCCUUUUUACUUGAGAAUAGUGCAUAUUCUGAUAAAGAAAUACAUGAACGAAGUCCUUUAAGAAUGGCAUGUAUAUUACGAAAAAGAAAUGUGAUUGAAAUCUUGCUGAGAUUUGGUUUUGGAAUUGGCGAUUUUGAAUAUGCGCUAGCUCGAACUACUGAAAAGAUAAAAAGGAAAAUUAACUUUUCGUCUUUAAUGGAUUUCUUUUUAAAUGGAGUUGAACGUCAAUUUUUAUCAACCAAAUUACAACUGCAAAUAUUUGAGGAUUGUUUUGGCAAUUUAGAUAAGAAGGAUAUUUAUGGAAAUACACCUUUACUAGUAGCUAGUAGAAACGGGUUUUCUAACAUCGUUUUUCUUUUGCUUUCACAAGGGGCAAAUCCUAACUAUGAAAAUCCAAAUGAUGGUAUGACAGCUUUAAUGUGGUCUCGUUUAAAAAAACAUGAUGACAUAACCCUUAUGUUAAUGGGCUAUGAUUCAAAGUUAGUAACUACUGAUUCUUUGUCGAAGCUUUUUAGUGAAAAAAUAAAACAUUGUUCUGAGGUUGUUCCAGUUGCAUUCCAAAACAAACUAGUUGAAGAAAUUGACAGUGGAACAAAUUGUAAAUUUACCCGGCCAAUAUUUAUUGCUCUCCGUGAAGGUUAUGAAGAGGUCCUUAGAAUUUUACAUGUAUCUCAGUUUGAAGUUGAUGUGAACGUUUCAAAUAAGAACGGUGACACUGCGCUUAUUAUAUGUUGUAAGUAUUAUCAGGUUAAAAUGAUCAAACUGCUAUUAGAAAAUAGAGCAGAAAUCGAUCAAAGAGAUGGGUGUGGACGAACAGCCCUGUGGUGGGCUUGUGUGAAUGGCGAUAUGAAAGUUGCAAGCUUGUUACUGGAGAAAAACGCAGACAAUUUAGAUCUAAUGGCAGAUCACUCUAACUGCAGAAAAUACCUUAGAAUCAGAAUAGAAUUAGAACUCUUUAGUGUGUGGUGA